UUAUUCAUUUUUUUUUGCAAAUAUAAAAAACGAAAAGGUGUGCUUAAAGUAUUGAAAUAAUAAAGUAAGUCACAAAUAAAAUAAAUAAUAAUUUUAAAAAAUUUUAAAUAAGAGGAGUGGUCAAAUGCGUGAGCCCCACAUAUCAGACAAUCCACGUCAGCUUUCUCUAUUCCCUCUCCUCUCCCUUCCUCGUCUCUCUCUUCUCUCAUGGCAUGGCGUGCGACGGGCGGGGAGGAGACCGCACCGCUCGCCCACGCUGGCCGAGUCCCGGUAGCGCCGCUCGCCCUUGCCGGCUGAGUCCCAGCGACGCCGCUCGCCCUCGCCGGCUGAGUCCCGGCGGCGCCGCUCGCCCUCGCCGGCCGCGUCCCGGCCGUGCCGCUCGCCCUCGCCGGCGAGCUCAACGAUGGCGCUGCCGAGCCACCACCACGGCGACCUGCGGCAGCGAGGGGCAGGCGCAGCUGAGCGGGACGGUGAGGUUGUCGCCGGCAACGAGGCCGAUGGCUGGUGCUGCUGAUCGACGGGGUGCCGGCGAGCCUCAUGCUGGGCCUCGUCAAGAACGACGGCGCCAUCAGGCUGAGCGUCAUCCGCCUCGUGCUAUAGGCGUUGCCACGCACGACGGCAUCGCCAACGAUGAGCACCAAAAUAACAAAAGCACAAUGGAAUGGAGAUAAUCGGCACGGCAAAGAAGAGGACAUCAAUGAGCACGAGCAGAAAAGGGAGGAGAAAGCCAAGAAACCAACAACCGUGGGGAAGGAGGAGAAGAAGAAGAGAGCGGCGGCGGCGAUCACCUCCUGUCCUCUCGUUGCGAGGGGCUCCUCCAGAAGCCGGCGCUGUAGAAGCUCGCCCACACCUGCUUCUCCAUGUCGACGAGGUGUUCGGUCAUGGGCGUGGCUGGGAACUCGGCCUCUACCUUCCUAGCCUUGGUGGCCGCGACGGCCAGCGACCUUGGGGAGGCGACGUCCAGGGCGAGGAGCUCGCCCAUCUCCUUCCGCUUCGUGGAGCGGACACCGCGGCGGCGCCCACCACAGACGGCGUGGCGGGGACGUGGACGGCCGCGAGGACGACAAGCUCAACGACGGCGAAGGGGAAGCAGCAGCAAACCGCGGCGCACUCCGCCGCCGUCCCGCCCGCCACCUCCCCGCACCGCGACUGCUGCUCCCGCACCCGCCGCCACUCCCGCUCCCUCCUCAUCUCCACCGACGAGCUGGACCGCGAGGCGGUCGGAGACCCACGUCUUGAGCUCGCGCUGCCCUGAGCCCGCGCGCCGCCUGGGGGAAGCUCGCGUCGCCUCGGGAGCCACCGUCGCCGGCCGCGCGCGCCGCCGUGGGUGCCCUAGCACCGGCAUCCCCAUGCCCUGCGAGAGUAGAGAGCAGAGAGGGACGGCGAGGGCGAGCGGCGCGGCCGGGACUCAGCCGACGCGGGCGAGCGGCCUCAGCUUCUUCCCGCCGGCCAUCCCCGCCGCCACUGCGGAGACCCCGCACCACCGCUGCAGGCGAUGGUGCGCUUCCGCGACGCUGGGUGCACCCUCAGCCUCAUGGACCGGCGCCGGUGAGGGCGAGCGGCGCGGCCGGGACUUGGCCGGCGUGGUCUGUCUGACAUGUGGGGCCCAUGUGGGUCCCGCUGACUCAGCGUCCACGUCGGACAAAACCGGGGUUAAAACCACUGAGUGAAUGGUUUGUAAGUUGAGGAUGCCACGUAUCUGGUUUUGUAAUUAGGGGACGAUUUUGUAUCUCGAUGACAAGUUGAGGGACCUUCGGUGUACUUUUUCCUUAUAUAUCACAGCCCAAAGAAGAGGGAGGUAAAAUAGACUUUUUUUAGCUAUAUAUGUCACAGCCCAAUAGGAGGGAGAAAAAUUAGACUUAUGCUGAGGUAAAGCGCGAUGGGCCGUAGUGCCUUGGGGCCGGCCCAGCACGGCCCGAGGCGUGUUGGGCCGUGCCUGGGCCGUGAGUGCGGCACGUGGGCUGGCACGGCACGGCCCGGUGCGUCCGUCGGGCCGUGCCGACCCGACAAGCCUCGGCCCAGGCACGGCCGGGCGGCCCAUAUGGCCAUGUAUACUGACUGACAAGCGCCCAUCUUCCUUGUCUCCGCUUCGUCUUCGUCUCAGACGAACUCGCCUCCCGACGCGCGCCCUUCGUCUCCCCUUUCUUGGCUCUCCUCUUCUUCCUCCUCCGCACCGGCGCCUCGAGUUCGCCUCCCGACGCGCGCCUGUUUCGAUCUCUCCUGCGUUCUUUCAGGAUGGGGGUACCCGUGGCCCAGCUCGGCAAGAGCAGCGGCGCCGGCGACGCGGCGACCGGUGGCGGUGGCGAGGUGGCGGAUUUCUUGUUGGCCGACAGCUCCCCGAGACGUUCCUCAUCCGCGGCCAAGGAGACCGGAUUGGAUGGCACGGAGGGCACGCAUGACGGCGGCGCUGCAGGCGACCACGGCGAGGCGGGCGAGGCCGGCGCGGCGGCGGCGCGCGGUCAUGGCGGCGGUGGCGAGGUGGGCCCGGAUGGUGAUGGCGCGGAUGGCGUUCAGGAGGAGGCGCUCGUGGCGAGGUGCGUCGUCUGUCGUCGGCGGCAGGUGGCCGAUGAGGGUGAGGGAGGCGUCUGCUCAGUAUGCCUGAGGAGGAGGAUGCUAUCAUCGGUGGUCUGCGUCGACGACAUGAGCGCCGUCGCCGACGCGACCGCAGGAGUGGGCAUGCUCUACUACUGCCCGUCCUGCGACGCGUUCGGCCGUGGCGGCGUCCACGAUCACGAGGUGCUCGUCCUCGGCAUGUUCCGAGGUGACUGGUGCGCAUGGUUGACAGGGGCCGAGAGGAUGGCGCCCAUCUUCCUAGGAAUCGAGAGUGACCGGCUCCCGUCUCCGUUUCUUGGCCGGCCGUACUUGCUUCAGCCAUCACCGGGCACCCGCUGCAGGGUCUGCUCCGACAUUGCCUCGCUCGAUGGUCUCUACAGCAGGCUGGCCACGCUCUGUACGAUAUCUUGCUGGGCGCAUGCUGACCACGCUGCUGCUGCGGCGGCGCACCCGUGGGUUCUGUCUCUCUUGGAAGUUGGCUGCUCAGCUCAGCCUGAGCAGCUGCUGGACCUAUUCUGCACCACGUGUCGCGAGGCCUUUCUCUAUGGGGACUGCCACUGCGACGACCACCAUCACCAUCUGCUCCCACUCGUGUUCCACUCAAGGAUGGGUCUGUGCGUGCAGAUUUCGCGUGGUCAUUGGCUAUGGUCCGUCUGGGAGAGCAUCGCCGACGCCGAACUCGCCGCGGACAUUCUCCACAGCAGCGCCACCAGCACGAGAUUGAUCCCCAUCCGUGGCAGGACGGCCCAGCGGUGCAGAUGGUGCCAGAAGCGCCUUCUCGACGGAGGCGGGACCACCUGCUCGCUCCGCUGUCGUCUUUCCCUGCCCACUUUGCUCCCCAGGGCACUCAGAGUACCUGCCUAGCCAGCUACGGUAUGGCAUGGCCGCUGCCCCCUCUUCCCUGCCUUUCUUUUCGCAAACUGAUUGAUGCAUCAGAGAUUCAGAGGAGUGUGUAUUUUGGCCUUGCAAUGUGUGCAUCAACAUUUGACAGUGAACAAAGCCCACUGAUUCUGCCUCGUAUGAAUUCCUUUUGCUGUGUA